AUGUGGAAGCUCGUCGACUUGACAGACGAGCAAAAGCACCUGCGCCGCCAGAAGCUCGAUGCCUACGGCCAACUCGCACAAUUCUCCGCUCUCGUUCCUCUUCUGGUUGUCCUGCUCUUCUCUCUCGUCACAUACUCGAAGCGGAAGUUCUGGUCGGAUAAUGACAUCCUUGAGCCGCCUAGCUCGCCAUAUAUCAAGCAUGGACGAACGGGCUUGAGAGCGAAGGCACGUACGGUUGAGAUCUCAUGGAGGAGGUUCGUGUGGUGGUGUGGAGGUGAGGUAAGGGUCGGUCGAUGGGCAAUGGGGAGGAAGGGAGAUGUGCUGGGUGGAGUGGCUUGGGGUCUUUGGUUGGCCUACUUGUCUGUUGUCGAGACGGGCGAUGACUACUUUCACCUCACAAAACGUCUUGGCGCCAUCGCCGGCUCUCAACUUCCAUUACAAUACCUCCUGGCCAUGAAGACGCCCUACUCUCCCAUGACCUCCAUCUUCCGUCUCCGUCCAUCCGGUCUGCUCGACAUCCACCAAACCCUCGGCCGCCUCAUCGCCAUCUUCAUGUACGCCCACGCCGCUCUAUACCUCAACUUCUACAUCCAAUCUUCGAUCUUGCUCUCCAAGCUCACCCAAUUCUACAUCGUCUGCGGCGUCCUCGGCGUCCUGUCUUUCACCGCUAUCAACAUCACUUCCAUGACCACAUUCCGGACCUACAGCUACAGGCUGUUCUACACAAUCCACGUCAUCUGCGCUUCAGCUCUACUACCGUUGUUGUACUUCCACGUUCAUCACAUCCGGAUUUACCUCUACGAAACUCUGGCCAUCUACCUCUUCUCAAAUGCAACUCGUUUCUUCGCGACGAAGACAUAUCACAACGCCACGAUCCGUCUCCUUCCAGGCACGACUUUGCUGGACAUCUCAAUCCCUCUUCCAGCCAGCGGCAAGGAAAAGUCCACCUGGCAGCCCGCUCAACACGCCUACCUCUCUUUGUCGGGCUAUCCUCUCCUCCGAAACAUCCGCUCCAAUCCAUUCACGAACGCCAGUUUACCUGCCUCAGACUCCAGACUACAUUUCCUCGCCCGCGUACUCUCCGGUCGAACGGCACGGCUUGCAGCUCAAGCUUCCACCGGCUCGUCCAUGUCCGUGUCUAUAGAAGGACCCUACGGCACGUCCAGUCAUGCGGAUGAGCUGCUGCGAUGUGGAAGAGUGCUGUUCGUUGCAGGCGGCGUGGGUGCUACGUUUGUGGUGCCGCUGUAUCGCCAGCUAUUGGGCGAUUUGAGUCCUUCGCCGGGAAGUGAGAGGCGACAGAAGGUGAAGUUUCUGUGGGUGGCGAAGAAGAGAGAGGAAGUGCUGUGGGCGAUGGAAGAAGGAGGAAAGGGAUUUGUGGAAAGGUUGCAAGUGUAUGUUACUGGACCAGGGAUGACCGUCGAUGCUGGUGCAAGGGAAGAGGCUCAGUUUGUGGUUGGUGGCGAAGAAGGAGAGGAUGGAAUAGAAAUGGAGGAGAAAAGGAAUCUGUUGGAAGAACAGGAUGUGGAUGGAAAGGAUGCAGAGGGAUUAUACGUCAGCUCAGGCAGGCCAGACUUGAGGAAGGAAGUCGAGGAAUUGUUCUCGCAUGGUAGCGAAGAGAGGGUUGCCGUGGUGGUAUGUGGUCCGAAGAGUCUGGCGAGGAGUCUGCGGGAUCGUGUAUCUCCUUAUGUGCACAAAGGGAGAUAUGUAAUGUUCUGGGAGGAAUCAUUCGGAGUAUGA